CGCCCACUAGGGUAUAUGAAAGAGUCGGCGCUCGACAGCAGCGGCCACUGGCACAAUAAAGAUUCAGGAAGCGCGCGGAGGAUUAAUUUCUUCUUUGAUUUCAGUCUUUAUUUUCUCCGCCGCAACAAUGGCAGAUACACAAGUUGGCUCUGGUUCGGAUAUCUCUGCCAAGGACCUGAAGGAGAAGAAGCUGGCAGAGGAGAAGGAAAACGGCAAAGAUGCUGCCACCAAUGGAAAGGUGAGGGGGCGGCCCGCUCAGCAUCAACUCUUUCCAAACAGGAAGCUCAAGCUGUUCUGUGUUUUCAGGAGAACGAGGAGAACGGCGAGCCCGAUGUGGACGACGAGGAUGAGGACGACGUGGACGAAGAGGACGAGGAUGACGUAGAAGGUAAAUGGGGUUCUUCUAAAUUUCGCCAUUUACCCCAAAACGACGGAAAACUCACUGUGAACUCUUUAGGCGACGAGGACGAUGACGAGGAUGACGAAGAAGAACUCGAGGGCCGUACCAAACGGCCGGCCGAGGACGACGAUGAGGACGACGAGGACGACGUCGAUCCCAAGAAGCAGAAAACUGACGAUGACGAUUGAUGCGCUUCCUGCUGAACCACUUCCUGCCCCCACCUCUGAGCAGCGGCCUGUGAGGCGGGGGCGCUGGAGGACUGAUCUAAAGGAAAAUAAUAAUAAAAAUCAACAUGGUCAUUAGCAAGUAGAGCUCAUCCACAUCGAUCUACCCUCUAAGCUGCAAAUUUUCUAGAAGAAGCCAACCCAGAAAUCCAGCUUCUCUUCAACAACUCAAAAGGAGAAUUUGUUUGUAUUUUUAUUUACAUUUUAUAUUUUUGUACAUAUUGUUAGGAGGGGCCGCUCCCUCCAGCAGCGAUCUGUCAAACCAAAUCGGUGCUUCUUUGACAAAAGAUUUUACUUGGUUGACCAUGUUACAAUAUCAACAGAUGCUAGAAAAACGUGUAAAAAACAAAAUAAAAAAAUGCAAAACGCCGUUGAACUCAGAGCAUUCCAGUAAAUUUAAUGUAUGUACUUUAGCUGUACCAUAACUAGUUUGUUUGUAUGGGGGGGUAAGGCCAAAGAGGACAGCCUCUUUCUUUUGUUUUUGUCAGCGACUUUUGUUUUAUGACGGCCUGUUUUGAUGUAUGUGCGAAGUUUGUUGUUUGACAAUAAACCGGACUUUUAUUUUGUGAGUUGUACUUUA